CAGAUUCUAUGAAACAACUUAGAAAAACAGCAGGAUAGUUCGAGCUUAAUUAUCCAAAUACCAUGGCCUACCUUAAACUGCCUCUGGUUUUCUCACCACCCUUUUUCCUAUAAAUACCACCCACAGCCUCAAUCAUCUUCUUCAACUCAAAAUCAAAAUCUCAUUAACUCAAAACACAGAGAAACAAAAAGAAAAAAAUGAAUGUAACAAGAAAAGCUUGGAUGGUGGCAGCAAGUAUCGGAGCAGUAGAGGCAUUAAAAGACCAAGGCAUUUGCAGGUGGAAUUACACUCUUAGGUCAGUUCAACAACAUGCCAAGAACAAUCUUAGAUCUUUUUCUUCUGCUGCUUCUUCAUCAUCAUCAGCUGCUAAUGCUGUGUCUAAUGAGAUUAGUAAUGCCAUGUUGAAGAAGAAAGAAGAAGCUUGCAUGGAGAAAGUUAUGGGUUUGAGCUGUUUCGGACCUUCUACUGUUAGAUUUUAAUGAAAUGGUUUGUUUGAGUUUGUAUAGCUAAUGAGAAAUCAAAUUUUGAUCAUGAUCCUUUCUAGUGUGGUAAAAUUGAAAUGCGGGCUUCUGCUGUCCUGUAUGAAACUUUA